UUUGCUGGCAAUUUAUCGGUUUAGUUGAAUUUCACGCUUGUUAAACUUAUUUUCCUAUAUUUUAUAAAUAAAAAAGAUGUCGCUGCUGCACAAGCUGGCCAGGUUCACAUUACAGACUAGUUGGCGUCGCCAAUUAUCCGCCACACAGCGCACCUUUAGCGCCAACAACAGUGAAACAAGCGCAAGCGUCGACAAUGUGACCGAGGAGCAGCCGGCAAACCAGGCCAAAGGAGGCUUCGCUCGCGCCUUCGAGAAGUACACGGCACCUGCAACACCAGAGCCGGCGCCCGUGGACAAUCAAAGCUUUGCAUCAAUGCUGCGAAAUUCCAAGUUCAUUGAUCUGGGCGAUCCCGAGGGCAAGGUAGUCAGUGGCAAAAUAUUUCAUGUUGUCGGCGACGAUCUGUACAUCGACUUUGGCUGGAAAUUUCAUUGCGUGUGCACGCGACCGGCGCGCAAUGGCAGCGACUAUGUGCGCGGCGCACGUGUGCGUCUGCGUGUCAAGGACCUGGAGCUAUCCACCCGUUUCUUGGGCUCCAGCAAGGACAUAACCAUUUUGGAGGCAGACUGCCAGCUGCUCGGGCUGAUAUCGACGCCCAUGCGCCAGGCCAGCGCCAGCUCUAGCGUCAGCCGGAGCACAUUUGAUGCACCACGAAUCGACACAUUGCUAUCAAAUUAAAUCUAUUAUUCAGUGCAUAAACAAUUGUC